CUUGUAAUUUUCUUUACUCCACCAUCCUGGCUGUAAAGAAUAUUUUAUUUCUUCUCUCUCAUUCUUCUUUUCGUUGGAUCCUUUCUCGUUUUCUCAUCGAUCUCAUCUUCUCCCCCCCUGCACUAUAAAAUGCAGUAAAUCGAUUUUAAAUCCUUAUAUUUACAUAAAAGUAUUAAUCAAAUAAUUUUUUCGGUUUGGAAGCAUUUUCAAUGGCGGGUCAGAAUCAAGGAGGAAACUUGGAUCAGUUUGAGGCAUAUUUCAAAAGGGCAGAUUUGGAUCAAGAUGGUCGUAUUAGUGGUGCUGAAGCUGUUGCUUUCUUCCAGGGAUCUGGUUUAACUAAACAAGUUCUUGCUCAGAUAUGGACGUAUGCUGAUCAGAAGCAUGCUGGUUUUCUUGGCCGGCAAGAGUUUUUUAAUGCUCUCAAGCUGGUUACUGUGGCACAGACUAAACGAGAACUGACACCCGAGAUUGUCAAGUCAGCACUCUAUGGACCAGCUUCAUCCAGAAUCCCUCCUCCACAAAUAAAUCUUCAACCCUCUGCUACAGUUCAGACACCUUCCAUAUCUGGUCGUCCUGCAAUGCAGAUGGGUGGUAUGAUCCCUACAGUGUCACAAAAUCUUGGUUAUAGAGGACCUUCACCUCCUAACCAGAACAUACAGCAGCAAUAUUUCUCUUCUCCAGGGAACCAAUCAAUGAGGCCCUCCCAAGGUCUGCCUACUAAUUCAGCUUCACUUCCUGGUCAAAGUGGUCUGGGUAUUUCAAUUUCGGGUGCUUCACCUACUGGUCUUCCAAACUCUGGCAUGUCAGUUUCUAGUCGUCCAAGCUUAGGCAUGUCAACACCUGGUCUUCCAGGUUCAGGCUUAUUUAGCACUGGCCUUACUAGCUCAGGCAUGGCAGGACCCAAUGUUCUAAGUUCUGGGAUGUCUCCCUCUGUUUCAAGUUUAGGAAUGUUGUCUCCUGCUCUUCCGAACACUGGCACGUCCACCAAUUGGAUGGGUGGAAAUAUUGGUGGAGCUCCAUAUGGGCUGGAAUCUCAAGUUUCCAACAAGGGGACUGCUCCUUCUACUUCUCAAAAUACGCUGAAUAACAGCUUUAAAGCAACUACUCCUUCUACUGAUGGUUUUUCUUCCAAUACAGUUGCUGGAGGUGAUCCGUUUGCUGCUUUUUCAAUGACAAAACCAGGUGCUUCUCCAACAACAUCUCUACCUCCCGCCUCAGCUAUUGUUCCUGUAUCUGCUUCACCUCCAGCAUCCUCUGUUCCUUCUUCGACAGUUGUUUCUGUAUCAUCUGCAACUCAACCUCCAUUAAGAUCGGGUUCUCUUGAUUCGUUGCAGAAUGCUUUUGUGAAGCCAGCUUUGGGUAGUCAGCCACUGCAGGCACAUACUAUCGCUAAUUCAUCACAAUCUGUACAUCAAGCCACUUCCUCUGGUGUUCCACCUCGAGUUUCAGCUGGACCUGAUAAUUCUGUUGGUAAAUCUCAGACACCAUGGCCAAAGAUGACAACUCCUGGUAUACAAAAAUAUACCAAAGUAUUUAUAGAGGUGGACACUGAUAGAGAUGGAAAAAUCACGGGUGAGCAAGCACGCAAUUUGUUUCUAAGCUGGAGACUUCCACGAGAGGUGUUAAAACAGGUGUGGGACUUAGCUGACCAGGAUAACGACAGCAUGCUUUCGUUGCGAGAGUUCUGCAUAGCUCUGUUCUUGAUGGAGCGUUAUAGAGAAGGGCAUGCCCUCCCACCUUCACUUCCUAAUAGUUUAAUGGUUGAUGAAACUCUCAUGCGGAUGACAGGCCUUCCAAAUUCAUCGCAUGGAAAUAAUGCAGCAUGGGGAGCACCUUCUGGGACUGGUUACAGGCCUGUUCAGGGUAUCCCGGGUGCACAACCAUUGGGGCCUGCUGCUGGUUUAAGGCCAGCAUUGCAGCCAGCUUCUCAGCCUAGUGCAACAAAAAAACUCCAGCAGCCAAAGUCUAGAACAUCUGUAUUAGAUAACUCCCAAGACUACCAACUCGGUGGCAACGAACAUAAUUUGUCACAAUCGAGUGUUCCAGAGAUGAAUGAUGCAGAAAACAAGGUUGAAAAGGUAGAGAAGGUAAUUCUAGAUUCGAGGGAAAAGCUGGAGUACUACCGUACAAAAAUGCAAGAACUUGUUCUAUACAAAAGUCGAUGUGACAAUCGACUGAAUGAGAUCAUUGAGAGGGCAUCUGCAGACAAGCGUGAGGCGGAUUUACUGGGAAAGAAAUACGAGGAAAAGUAUAAGCAAGUUGCAGAACUAGCCUCAAAAUUAACUAUCGAAGAGGCUAAAUUCCGAGAAUAUCAGGAGCGAAAAACAGAGUUACAGCAAGCAAUUAUUAACAUGGAACAAGGGGGAAGUGUCGACGGCAUCCUUCAGGUUCGUGCGGAUAGAAUACAAUCAGAUUUUGAGGAGCUCUUGAAGGCAUUGUCUGAACGCUGCAAGAGACAUGGAAUAGAAGUUAAGUCAGCAGCAUUGAUUGAACUUCCUAAAGGCUGGCAACCUGGGAUUCAAGAAGGAGCUUCUGUCUGGGAUGAAGAGUGGGACAAGUUUGAUGAUGAAGGACUCCUAUUCGACAAGGAUGUCAGUAUGGAUGGAGAACAUGCCAAAGCUUCACCAAGAUCCACAUUGUUCGAGAAUGGAGCAUACACUCCUGAUGAUGUAUUUGGUCCUGACUCCCCAUCAAAUGUGGAUGCCAAGUCAGAGAAGCUGUCUAGUAGAGGUGAGCGUGCUCUUGAUAGUGAAUUUGGAUACACUCAUAGUGAAGAUGAUUCAGCUAGAAGCCCGCAUGGAAGCCCAGUUCAUCGAGCCACAUUAGAAAGCCCAUCACAGGAUUUUUCAGAUAUCUUUGCGAAGAGCGAGGCAGAUUCCGAUUUCAAUCAAAGCUUUGAUGACCAGGGUUGGGGCAAUUUUGAUGGUACUGAUGAUGCAAACUCAGUUUGGGGAUUUGAUUCCAAGGAUCAUGGUGAUCGUCUGUUUGAAUCUGGUGGGUUUGGCCUAAGCCCCCGGACGCAUUCCCCACAAGGUGACAAAACUUACAAUAAAAGAAGCCCAUUCAAUUUUGCUGAGUCGGUACCAGGAACACCAUCCUUCUCAAACUCGAGGAACUCUCCAAGAUACAGCGAGGCUGGGGACAAUUUCUUUGAUAAUUACUCGAGAUUUGAUUCUUUCAGCAUGAAUGCAAGCAGCCAAUUUUCUCCACCACGUGAAAAUUUUACAAGGUUUGACUCCAUAAGCAGCAGAAGUGGUUUGGGUGAACAUAGUCGAGGUUUCAAUUCAUUUGAUGAGGCAGAUCCAUUUGGAUCCUCUGGGCCAUUUAAGGUCUCUUCUGAAAAUCCCAAGAAAAGUACAGAUAACUGGAGUUCGUUUUAGCUCAUCACUUCUGAGCCUAUGAUCAAGCCUUCUACUUUGCGACUCUUUUAAGUAAUAUGCAGUAUAUUGUGACCAAUAUUGUGUGUUUUUAUAGCAAAUCAUAUUAUUAUUAUUAUUCUUAUUAUUAUUAUUAUUAUUAUUAUUAUUAUUAUUAUUAUUUA